UUAUAUUUUAGUUUGUUGGGAAUAUUGCUUCAGAAAAGUCAAUUUUUGGAAUACGUCCUCCAGACAAGUGUGAAUUUGUUUUAUCAAUUGGUGAAAUAGUAAAAUAGAAAUGGCAAACGAUAACUUAACUGCAGUGUUGCACGGCGUUGAAGAUUUACGUUUGGAACAACGUCCCAUCCCAGAAAUCGCUGAUUAUGAGGUACUUUUAAAAAUGGACUCCGUAGGUAUUUGCGGCUCAGAUGUGCACUAUUUGGUCCAUGGACGCAUCGGUGAUUUUGUGCUCAACAAGCCAAUGAUUAUCGGACACGAAGCUUCUGGAGUAGUGGCUAAAGUGGGCAGCAAAGUGAAACAUCUCGCUGUAGGCGAUCGUGUUGCUUGUGAACCGGGUGUACCUUGCCGUUACUGCGACCACUGCAAGAAUGGCCAAUAUAAUCUCUGUCCCGACAUGGUAUUUUGCGCCACCCCACCCUAUGACGGCAAUCUCACGCGCUAUUACAAACAUGCUGCCGAUUUUUGCUACAAAUUGCCUGACCAUGUGACCAUGGAAGAAGGUGCACUGCUGGAACCACUGUCGGUUGGUGUACAUGCUUGCCGUCGUGCCGGUGUUGGGCUUGGAUCGAAGGUGCUUGUAUUAGGUGCCGGUCCCAUUGGUUUGGUAACGUUGCUGUCUGCGCAAGCAAUGGGCGCAGAACAAAUAUUUAUUACGGAUUUGGUACAACAACGUUUAGAUGUGGCUAAGGAGUUGGGUGCUACACAUACAUUACUGAUGAAUAAGGAUGACACCGCAGAAGAGACGGCGAAAAAGAUACAUCAGAUAAUGGGCGUCGAACCAGAUAAGGCGAUCGAUUGCUGUGGGGCUGAGUCAACGACACGUUUGAGCAUUUUCGCUACUCGCUCGGGAGGCUGUGUUGUGAUUGUGGGCAUGGGUGCUGCGGAGCCUAAAAUUCCGCUGAUUAACGCUUUGGCUCGUGAAGUCGAUAUACGCGGAGUAUUCCGUUAUUGCAAUGACUAUCCUGCUGCGCUGUCGUUAGUGGCUUCCGGCAAGGUAAAUGUUAAACGACUGAUUACCCACCACUUUGACAUCACUGAGACAGCCAAGGCAUUCGAGACGGCACGUUAUGGACAUGGUGGCGCCAUCAAAGUGAUGAUACACGUACAACCAAAGGAUACAAACAACAAAGUUUGAGUUAAGGUUAAGCUAUUGCCGCUGUUGUAGAGUAAAAGUCCAAUGCAUUUGUAAAUAAACAUUUUUUUAAUGAUAAUAAGAAUCAAAUGUCAAAAAAGUUAUAAAAAGA